GCCGCCCCGCCGGCCGCCGGGUCCAUUCCCCUGGUACAACUCCGGCUUGAUCUGUCCGAUGAGCUUGGCUUUUUCCUCACCGCCUGGGCACCCAGCACAGCUUCCAGGACACGAAGAGGGAGACACCCAGAAGGACAAUGCCACAGAACGUCACGAUGACCGACAGCAGGCUCACGGAGAUGUCUGGAGAGAGUGAGGACAAAGGAGCACUUCUUGUGGACCUAGAGACCCUAGAGGAGACGCAGGCUCAGAGCCUGGGCAGACCCGUCAAAUCCUCGAAGCAGUAUCUGCGCCAGGUCAUUGCAGAAUACGAGGCGCUGGACCGAGAGCUCCCAUACAUCCGCAAGUUCCCCGUGCCACCUGCCGCCCAGCCCCUCUGUCUGUGCAUGGAGACCUCACCCGAAGAGGACCUUACCCACCUGGAGGUGCUGGAGGCGCUGGAGGCCGAGUUACCCGGGGCCAUGGAGAGCGGGCGUGUGCGCAGCAUCCGCUUUGAGAACAUGAACGUCAUCUGUGGGACUGCCGGGCGCCGGGACCGGUGGCUCAUCACGGUCACGGACUUCCAGACUCGCUCGCGCCUACUGCGCUCGGGGCUCCGCCUCCGCGGGCUCCAGCACCCUCUCGUGCGCCACGACGAACUGCUGCUGGGCGAUUACCGCCUGCACCUGCGCCGCUCCCUGGUCCGACGACGCAUGCUCGAGGCUCUGGGGGCGGAGCCGACCGAGGAAGACUGACGUUUGGGGGCGGGCCCCGGCUGCGCCUGCGCACCGCCCAGCGGGCUCAGGCGACCCACCCGGAACCCCGAAGGAAAGGGGUGUUGCCUUCCCAGGAAGGAGGCGGGGUCGGCUCGAGGGGGUGGAUA